UACCUUGGCGGCUUGGCGUAGAUCGUAGAUUUGUCAGUUUUUGAAAUGACUUAAAAUUAAUAAUUAUUAUUUUGGAAUGUGGAACGUAGGGGAAACGUGGUUUAAUUUAUUAGGAGGCGCUAAUAAACAUAAAUCUUUGGGCUCUAAAUUAAUAAUAUAUUAAUAUGGUGUUGGUAAUCGACAUUCGGUUUUGUGCUAUAACCAAUGACGUGAUAUCUGUGGACAUAGAGCUGUUCCAAAAUGUCAGACUUCUAAUCGCUGUUAUCACAGGGACACUGUCGUAGUGUCGUCUGUCGCGCUAUCAGUUCUACGACUGCUUGCCGACCUCUGCCUCGCACUGAAAUUCUAUUAAAAUAUCGAUUGAGCACACCAGUGUUGCGGCGGAAAACGAGAACCCUUCGUGUUAUACUUACUUAUACGCGCCUGGCACAUACAAUCACGAACACACAAAAUGAUGGUCAGAUCGGAUCCAAAUAGCAUAGUCAAUCGCGUUCGUAGGACUUUGAACAACGCGAUCAGGGAUGAGAACUUCUACAUGGCUCAUCAAUUGUACAAGUCGCUCUAUUCCAGAUAUAUAAGCAUGCAAAAUAAAAAUGCUGCCAUUAUGACAUUACAAGAAGGAAUUAUCGUCCUGUACGAUAAUAAUCAAAUAAGCAUUGCUACUGAUUUAGCACAACUAUUUGCAAAAUCCUUGUCAACACAGCACAUCAUUCCUUCUGAAAAUAUGUUUGAUUUCAUAAGAGAUAUAUUUAGUAAGUUUGGCCCAUCACUAUCUGCAGAACGAGAUUCCAUGUUGAAUCCAAUUAUACAAUGGACAAUUGAACAUUGUCCAGAAUACUCAAUGGGACAUCCAGGUUUACAUAAACGUAUAGGAUAUAUCUAUUGGUCAGAGGCUAACUUUGCGUUAGCUCAACAUCAUUAUUUGAGAUCAACAGAUGGUUUAGCAUUCGCAGCUAUGUUGGUAGAAAUGCAUAAAACACGAGGACUAAAAUAUGAAGUUGAUUUAUUUAUUACACAAGCUGUACUGCAAGGGUUGUGUAUGCGGAACAUAUCAAUGGCACAGUCGACAUUUCAAUCUUAUACUAAGUUACAUCCUGCUAUAAAUGAUGAACCCCCAUACAUUUUGCCAUUACUCAAUUUCAUUUGUUAUUUACUAAAAAUAUUAGAUGGUGGAAAACUUAAAACUUAUAUUGUACUUUGUGAGCAAUAUCAAUCAUCUUUGACCAGAGAUCCGAGCUACACUGAAUAUUUGGAUAAAAUUGGGCAACUUUUCUUCCAUGUCAAGCCAUUUGAAAGGAGACCUAGACAACAAAAUGGAUUUUUAGGUAAUUUGAUCAGUACAUUGAUGGGCGACUGUGAUCAUGAUGGAGAACCACGUCCAUCAUCGUCACGUCCGAUAAAUGUAGAACCUCUUGAUUAACUCACAUUGAUUUAAUAAAAAAAGUCUUUUUUCUUUCAAACACCGGGUUUUAAUUUAUAUUAAAAAAUAAUAAUAAUAAAAUAAUUUAACUAAAUAUAAUAUAUAGCAAUUUA